UUCUCUCUCUCUCAUACUCUGCGCGCCCGUCCCUAUCCCGACCCCCGCCGCCGCGCCCGCGCGCCCUUGCGCGGCUUCCGGCCGCCGCCGUUUCUGCCACUUCGCGGUCCUCCGCCGCUCCAUCGCAGGGCGGGCGCGACUUCCCCUGCUAGCCACCGCUUCCCGACUGCUCCUCCCCUCUGAUCCUCCACCGACAGCCGCUGGUAACGUUGCCGCUGGGGGUGCCGCAGCCACCGGCGUCUCGCUCCAGGCGAUCGAUUAAGCUCGGGUUCUGCUGGUUGCCAUACUACUCUCCCUACGGCAGAUAUAGCGGCUAUAAAUGGCAGGGAAGCACCGCAUAAGUCGCCAGUACUAUGAGGAACCACGAGGAUUUUGUGAUGGUCCUCCUCGACUUGCACGAGAAAGGUCUAUCUCACCACGUCGCUUUGAGGGAGAGCUGUCUAGCCGCCGUGAUGAGAUACGCAGAAUCCGUGAUGACAACCAACAUCUGGUGGAUGAAAUUGUUGGACUCAGGCAAGCAAUGUCUCAUUUGAAAGAAGAUCUCUAUUCCUCAAGUCAGGCUAUACCUAAGCUCCGCGCAGAGAAAGAACUUGAAUCGAGGGAGCUGACUCAGAGGAACCUGAAGCUGGAAGCUGAGCUACGCUCUUUAGAACCCCAUAGGCAACAUGCCUUGCAGCUACGAUCUGAAGCAGGCACGCUGCAGUCUUUGAGGCAAGAGUUGACUGAAAAGGUGCAGGGUCUAACAAAGGAGGUUGAGCAUCAGAACUCUGAAAAGCAGCGCAUACCUGCCAUGGUAGCUAAACGAGAUGGUCUGCGACAGGAACUAAUUCGUACCAGGGCCGCUCUUGAUUAUGAAAAGAAUGCAAAGGCAGAGCUGAUGGCACAGGUGCAGGCAGUGGAAAAGGACCUUGUAACUAUGGCUCAGGAGUCUGAGAAGCUUAGGGCUGAGAUUGAGAAGAGAAGGCCUCCUGGUUUCAGCGGCCAUGGAGCUUACGGACCACCUAUGACAACUCCUGGGAUGGGCUUGCAAGACAUCUACGACAGCGGCUAUUCUUACAGAGAGAAACGCUACGGUGCUGGGCCAUGGGACCCCCCUGGCUAUCCGCACCCAUGAUUUGGGCUUUUGAUCCUUGUCAGAGUUCAUCACCGUCAGUACUUGCGACAAAGUUCCUAUCUUAGCACUGAAACUUGUGGUGACUGGUGUUUUCGUGGCGGAUUUGAGUUUUGCUAUAGCUUUGUUGGCAAAUGCCACAGCAUUGUACCAGCGCUGCUUAUAUUGCACAAUUCUUCAGAAAAUCAUAACCGUUGUAGAAGGCAAUUGAUCACAUCAUAGAAGGGAAUAUAUAAUUUGAACUCUAGAAAAUUGCAA